AUGAAUGGAAGUUCAAUAUUAUUUGAAGAAAAUCCAAAUGGAAAUGAAAAGAAAAAGAGAAAAAUUUUUGAAAUCGACGGAAAUAAUUAUGAGGCUGGUUUUUUACCGAAUUAUUUAAAUCAAUUUAAUAAUGAUCAAAUGAUUAGUAAUCAAAUUGGAAGUAAUGAUGCAAGAUAUAUACAGCAUAAUUACAAUAUAAACAAUACCGUAGAUGAUAAUAUUUAUAGAAAUAUAUGUAAUGAAAGUAAUAAUUUAAGUACAUGCAGCACAGAGAAUAGCUUAAUAAACCCAUACAAACAGAACAAUACUAAAAAUGUAGUAUUAAAUACUAUCAAUAGUUAUAAUAAAAAUAUUCAAUUUGACAAAAGCAUAUUAAUUAAUAGUAUUGAUGUUCUUUUAAACUUUAUGAAUUAUAACAAUUUAAAUGAAACAAUAAAUCAUGAAAUACUCCACGAAAACUUACUUAAUUUGCGUUUUCAUAUUCUCAGUUUAAAUGAUGAUAAAUUUAAUCAAAAAAAAAUAACAGAAUAUUUUAUAAAAAUGUAA